AUGAACCUUACUUUAAGUGAUGGCACCCCGACUUUCUGUACUGCACCCACUUAUCGAACUGGAAGUAGUUCAUGUAGCAGUUCCGAUGCGGCAUCGUCAGCAGCACUGAUAGCCGAAACACUUCAGCAAAUCGAUCAACUUGGAUCCGAUCUCGAAAGUUAUUGUGUGGCUGCAGAUCAACCACAACAACACACUGCUGUACCACAUCGUGUGCAUUCGGAAUACGCCUCACUGCGUACAACAAACGGAUGUGAACAGUCGGUACCCGUCACUAAUGGACAUGCCACUGCCGUAGGAUCCACCGCUGGCACCGGUUCUGUCAUGCAGAAUGGAAUUCGAAUCAGGGCAGAAAGUGCAACUCGUCCUCCACCGCCGACACGCCGAAGCAGCACGAUCACAUCAGCCACACCAACGGCUCCAUCUAUUGCUGAAGCUCGAAUGAGUAUGGGUUCAAUCAUGGGUAGGUCAUGA